UUUGUCCCGCCAGGAUGUGUCUGAUCCCACAGCUGCGUGCUGGGCUCAGGCUAAGGGAGUGUGUGUAAAAACGGGAGCAUGUGCAAACGGAGUGUAGCCUCGUUUUUAGUCAAGCUUCCUUUCCCAUCAGUGGAUGGAAGUUUGCAGUCGCACAGUGGCAGAGCGUGAAAUUCAGGGGGCAGCGACAUUCCUAGCGGGAAUAUAAAGUCACCUUCCACUAUAUUUAUUGUCCCAGUGUUGCACUUUUGCCACGAGCCCUAAAGCCUCCCACCUGCUUGGUGGGCUGGGCUGUGAAGAGGCUGCUCAGAGCAGGAGGCAGAGACGGCAGCGAGAGAGCGGCUCCGGAGCGCGGCGGACGGCAAGCACUGCGGCGUCGACUCCCACAGGCUCUGAACUCACGCCACCUCGGGUGCCGCCAACUGCUGGGGUGCUGAGCAAGAAGCACGACCUGGGGAGGGGGGGCAGUCAGAGAGCAGAGGCAGGGGGUCUCCUGCCAUCUGGCUGUAAGUGGAUGAAGAGGGCUGCAGAAGCGGGAAGGAAGACGUGCGGCAAGGGGAAAACUUUAGGGGGGCAUCCAGGAAGCCAGCGGGACCCCGGGGGCUGAGUGACACACCAGGCACGCCGAUGAGGAGCACCCCCCAGCCACGCUGCAGCCCAGGGUGUGUGGUCGAGUGAUCCGGCAGCAGGACGGCGGUAUGGUGGGCACUCUGGACCUCACAGCCCUGGGUCUGUUGGUGGUGCUGUUGGCGGCCACAGCCCCCCUAGGGAGGGCCUGUCCACAGCGCUGUGAGUGUGCUCCCCAGCAGAGGGCAGUGUCGUGCCAGCGGCGGCGUCUCACAGCUGUGCCAGAGGGGAUCCCCACGGAGACACGAGUGCUGGACUUGAGUCGGAACCGGCUGCGCUGGGUGGAGUCUGGCGACUUGGCGCCGUACCCGCUGCUGGAGGAGCUGGACCUGAGUGAGAACAUCAUUGCCACGCUGGAGCCCAAUGCUUUCGCCGGGCUGCGCUCACUGCGGGUGCUGAGGCUCCGUGCCAACCAGCUGCGCCUGGUGCCCGCCGGAGCUUUCCUGGGGCUGGCCAACCUGACCGUGCUGGAUCUGAGCGAGAACCACAUCGUCAUCCUGCUGGACUACACCUUCCAGGACUUGCACAGCCUGCACCUGCUGGAGGUGGGUGACAACGACCUGGUCUACAUCUCUCACAAGGCCUUUGUGGGCCUGCUGGGCCUGCAGGACCUGCGCAUUGAGCGCUGCAACCUCACUUCUAUCUCGGGCCAGUCACUGUCCUAUCUGCGCAACCUGGUCACUCUGCGUCUGCGCUACCUCAACGUCGUCGCCCUUGAGGACCAGAACUUCCGCAAGCUGUCCAGCCUGCGGGGCCUGGAGAUCGACAACUGGCCCUCGCUGGAAUAUGUCUCCCCUCUCAGCUUCCAGGGCCUCAACCUGUCCUGGCUCUCCAUCACUAACACCAACCUCAGCUCUGUGCCCUCCGCCUCCUUUCGCAACCUGGCCCAUCUGACUUCCCUAAACCUCUCCUACAACCCCAUCUCCACCAUUGAGCCCUGGGCCUUCCGCGAGCUACUGCGCCUGAAGGAGCUCCACCUAGUGGGCACGGGACUGGUGUCAGUGGAGCCGCAUGCACUGGGCGGCCUGAGGCAGCUGCGUAUGCUCAACCUGUCAGCCAAUGAGCUGGUGACCCUGGAGGAGCGCGCCUUUCACUCCGUCAACAGCCUGGAGACCCUGCGCGUGGACGGGAACCCGCUGGCCUGCGACUGCCGCCUGCUGUGGAUCCUGCAGCGCCGCAAGACUCUCAACUUUGACGGCAGGGUGCCGGUGUGCGCCGGACCGGCAGAGGUGCACGGCACCACGCUGGCCUCCUUCUCGGACUCGGCACUCUUCGACCACUUCACCUGCCAGAAGCCGCGUAUCCGCAACCGGCGGCUGCAGCAGGCGACGGCUCGCGAAGGCCAACCCGUGUCGUUCUCGUGCCGCGCCGAGGGCGACCCGGCGCCCACCAUCGUCUGGAUCUCGCCGCAGCGGCGCCGCAUCACCAUCAAGAGCGGCGGCCGCAUGUCGGUGCUGCCCGGCGGCACGCUGGAGAUCCGCUAUGCCCAGCUGACCGACAGCGGCACCUACAUCUGCAUCGCCAGCAACGCGGGCGGCAAUGACACCUACUUCGCCACGCUGACGGUGAAGAGCCACCCACUGGACUCCGGCCUCGUCGCCAACCGCUCCUUCUACACCGCCGAUCUCAACGACACCAGCCUGAACGGCACGCGGGUCUUCCUGAAGUUCACGCUGGACCUCACCACCAUCCUGGUGUCCACCGCCAUGGGCUGCAUCACCUUCCUGGGGGUGGUGCUCUUCUGCUUCCUGCUGCUGUUCGUGUGGAGCCGUGGGCGUGGCCAGCGCAAGAACAACUUCACGGUGGAGUACUCAUUCCGCAAGACGGAGAGCACAACCACGGGCAACACCCAAGGAGGGACACGAAAGUUCAACAUGAAGAUGAUCUGAGGAGCUCGAUCCGCAGCAGCUCUGCAAACCCCUUUCUCGUCCACGUUUUGGGACAGUCUGCCGGCCUGAUUUUGCGGUUUGUGUGCAUCGGUUGGUGUGCAGGCAUUUCCUCUCUGCCUGUCUGAGCGCCUUGCAGAUUAGGUUAAGGACUCGUUUUUUUACAUUAAUAGUGUGCUUGUUAUCAUUCUCUUCAACGUUGUCACUGUCUGUCUUGAGAGCCACUUUUCCUAUCUGGAUGGGCUACCAUCGAUAAUCCUUCACACGCCCCCUUCUGGACUGAAGAAGAAAAGGCAGAAGUGUGACCUUUUUGCUUUAGCAGUCUCCCGAAUCCCUGGUCUGCAGUGCUCUGAGCGUCUGACUGCCCUGUGAGACCCUCAUGCCCUGUGGUGUCUCCUGAAAUAUCACCACUGCCAUUAGCGGGCACUAAUGCAUAAAUAAAGGCUCGGGAAGGUAGUAAAAAGAAUUCUUUAAAAAAUAGCCUUUUCAUUAGAUUUUAAGAGAUCAUCUGUUUAAAUAUAAAUUAUAGCUUAUAUAAAGAAUACUUUGCUUUAUACGUUACAUAAAACUGAUGUAUCAUCUUGUCCCUCAACUAAAUUAAUCUGCAAUUAUUGUUCUUACAGUCUCAGUUGCCCUUCCUUGAGGUGGGGAAGGUCAAGGUAAAUCGCAAUGCCCCCCUUCCCCCCCGCAGUGAGAUAUAUGUUCAACCCCUGCCCCCUGGUGGCAGUUCAGGAGACUGCCUCAUGGCUUUCGUGGCCCUCGAGGUUAGAUCCCAUACAGUAAUAAACAUGAAGACUACUGUUAAAACAGCAGUAUUAAAUCUGCUGCACCACAUUCUUAACUGCGAACUCUGCCGCUGUCCAUCCAUGCCGUACACCCAGCUGUCCAUCUAGCUCCAGGGACGGAUUACGGACCGGGCCAGCGGGGCCGCUGCCCAGGGGCCCUUGGGGUGCAGGGGGCCCAUGGGGCCCCUAGCCCAAACCAAUUUGCAACACUUAUCAACAAUCUAUUUUCGUUUGUCUAUUUUAGAGGGCCUACAUUCUUUGAUCCUCUACCUACAAGGGCCCCUGACCCUAUAAGGAGGGCGUUUGGCUGCCAAGGGCCCUUGAAUUGUGGUGGUUGUGCUGGUGGUGCUGGUGCUGGUGGUGGUGGUGGGGGGGGGGGCCUCACGAACGUUUUGCCCAGGGGCCACACAACCCAUAAUCCAUCCCUGUCUAGCUCAAUCUAAGCACAUUCAGUUUUGCUGUUCUUGUGAACCCUGUUUUGAAAAUUGAGAAGUCACACGUUUCCACCCCCUACAUUUCAGAAGUGAUGUCUAUAAAAGACGGAAUUUCAUGUCCAUUUCUAAUAAGCGUAUGUGUGCAGUUCAGAGAUGCCGCUGCUUGGACGGGAGGGCAGACUUUACUAUGCAUGCCUUUUUAAAUCCUGAUCUUGCCAAACACACGUGUGCUGUGACAGGUAGCUGUGGGGUGUCUGUGUGUGAAAACACUGGGGUCAGACUCAGCCUGCCAUUGAGAGCCAGCAGGAGCCAGUCUGGGUUACAAAGCCAGGCAAUAAGACCUUCAUCUGUGCAGCAUCUCUGUUUUUUACACCCAAAGUUUUAUACAGACCAAUAAUAAGAAUAAUUCCCAGUGUCCCAGCGACUGCUGGCUCAUCCUUCAUUUUUAUCAUGAUCGCAAACUGACCUUUGUAUAGAAGAAUCCUUCUCGGUGUUUUGUGACACCUGCUCUCCUUUUGACGGUUUGAUUUUGAUUUCUUUUAUGAAUCUCAAAGCGGCUUUUAUGUAUAGUAUCUUGCAGAGUAACGUGGGAAGGUUUGGCUCGGAUCGGGCCGCGCCCCUUCCUAGGUCUCCAAAACGGUUGCACAAGAAGGUGCACCACACCUACCCAGCUCCCCAUGAAGUACAUCCUGCCCUACAGUCGAGCCUUUCUGGUGCUGUCCACUAGGGGGCACUUGUCUCACACUUCAGCCAGUUGUGUGCGAGGUCCCCCAUUAUUUGGUGGCUUGGUACGUUGAAUUACUGCCUGUUCAUCCUGCCGAUCAGGAAGGACCUGAGAGACCUAGGAAAGGGUGACGUGCCCCCCCCCCCCCCCCCCCCCGCACCACUGGCCUCCAGCUGGUUCUUAAUCAGAGCAGGUGUCUGAAAACCCAAAAGACGGAGCCAGAUGAUGUGGUUGCGGGCCAGACAGUUCCACUGAGUACCCCCAAGAGACCCGGCCCUUGGGUAACCAUGGUACCUGGUGGGGGAGGGGUACAGUUUCUUGCACUCAAAGUAGACCAUGUAUAAAAUAAAAGACACAACCUUGAUGAUGGAGGUUGAGGACACAUUCUGAAGGUUCCUGGCUGAAGUUGGAGGAACAGUAAGAUACUUGCUAGAGGGUGAUCAAGUUCUGUGUCACGCAGUGUGAACUUCGGGUACGUGGAGUGACAUUUUGUGCAUAAUGAAGUCUAUGCUUACAGUCAGUAAUGAAAAACAUGGCCAGUACUGCUGGAGAUCCAUUUUGGGGUUUAUCAAAAAAAGCACUGAAACUGCAGUUUUCUGGAAUGUUCUGAUCCACACGUGGGCAAACCCAGUCCUCAGCCCACUCCCCAAUUUUGUUUUACUCCAAGAGGACAGGGGUAUGUUUGUAGUACGUUUUGAAUAUUUUUAUUCCUGUUUGUUUUAUACACUGUUUGUCUUGUACGAGAAUGUCUUUGAUUUAUAAAAGCCUGUGACGCCU